GCUAGCGAGAAAAAUGGAGAAAACUGUCAAAAAUUUCCAAGCGUGCGGUUUUAAGAGAGCGUCAAUUUCAAUUCAUUUUUAAUGUUUUUAUUUAAAAAGUAUUUAAUAUAAUUGUUGUAAAUAAGAAAACUCGAAAGCGGGGCACAUUUGAACACAUAUAAAAUGGGAUCGUCUAAAAAGCAUAAGAAGCACAAAUCGGAGCGAAGAGAAAAAUAUGAAGAAUAUAGCAACAGUAUGGAUCCUUCUCAACUCCAACGUGGUUUGAAAUUAAUUCUAAAGGUUGGCUCUAAUUCCACACCAGAAUACAGUGGCGAUUCUCCGCUUGCCGGUCCGCCGACUGCCGUAGAGGCAAUGAUGUCUGCAGCGCCAAGUAGCCCCAUGGCACAAGAUGACCAACCGGAUGAAUAUCAUGGGGAAAAGCACAAAAAAUCCAAGAAGAAGAAGAAAAAGAAGGACCGAGAAAAGAAGCAUAAACAUCACAAAGAAAAACGACACCGGAGCGAACGGCAUGAACAAAAUAGUGCCGAAUAUCGAGAUGUUUCUGCCGAGUUGCCUAAUGAAGAGUGUAAAAUGGAAGAUGAGGUUCCAACGACAGCUGCUACUGUACCUGUUGCACAACGUAGCCCUAGAAAUGCGGUGCCACCAAUUGUUGAUGGUGGCGAUUCGAGCCAAGAUGGUUUCAGUUUUAUGGAAGAUGGAGAUUCGCAACCAUUGCCAGAAAAUAUACAUCUUUAUGCAAAUAUCACAACUGACAAUUCACCAUCUUGUCGACCAGUGUCAAAGCCGAUAGUGCCACGAAAAUGCGAUGAUAUUUUAUUAGACUCACCUGCAUCCUCUUCGAUGCAAUCUUCAUCAUUUGGUGCAGCGGCAAUUGGAGGAGUCAGUCCAACUAAACCUUUACAAGACUUAUUAAUUCCGUCACCAUCAGCCUCGACGGCAGCAUCAACUCCCGGUGGUACUAGUUCAUUUGCUGCGCUUACACCAAAGCCAUUAGAGGCACCAAAAACACCAAGCUCAUCAAGUGAAUCAGGUCGAGAACCACGUACUUGUGUACUUAAACUGAAACAACAAAAGUCUCCUUUGAAUAAGUUAUUAGAUCAUUUAUUACGUUUUCUUGAAAAACGUGAUCCUCAUCAGUUUUUUGCAUGGCCUGUUACUGACGACAUAGCACCCGGUUAUUCUUCAAUAAUUACUAAACCGAUGGAUUUUUCUACCAUACGUCAAAAGAUCGACGAUAGUGAGUACAGCACUUUGACAGAAUUCACUGAUGAUUUCAAGUUGAUGUGCGAGAAUGCCAUCCGUUAUAACCAUGUUGAUACCGUUUAUCAUAAGGCCGCAAAACGGCUGCUACAAGUGGGCACGAAACAUCUCAUGCCUGAAAAUUUAAUACGGAGUCUUAAACCGUUAUCGGGUUACUUGCGUGACCUAACAGCGCGAGAACUAGGUUUCGAUUUACAAGGUGAUUUUGGUAAUUACGAUCACCAUGCUGCUAUUGACUCGGCAGAUGAGGGCGCCUCCACCGGAGCCGAAGAGCCAACUCCUGCACAAUUAGAAGAGGAGGAAAAACGACGUGCACUUCGUCUGGAAAAUGAACCAAAAACACGUUUUGAACCCUAUGUAGAUGAUCUAACUUCCGAAGAGAUACUGGCACAAGUGCAAGGAGCGGCACUAGCUGCCAAAAAGAGACUAUCUGCUAAAGAGAAAGCCCAUAAAAUGGGUUUCUUGCGGCAGAAUAGAGAUGGAACCACCUCGUUAAAUUUACUUAUUAAAGAUGAAAAUGAGGGACCAGAAAAGGUGGUUACGCUUGGUGAAGUAGUGGGCAAAUUGCAGUCUGGCUCCGGACAAUUGUUUACUGCGCGAGAAGAUAAACGCAAUGACGCGAAAAUGGUGAAACCACUCAAUUACGGCGCAUUUGCUUCAUUUGCUCCAAGCUUUGAUUCACGAUUUUCAAAUUUAAGCCGAGAAGAAACUCAAUUGGUUAUGCGAACUUAUGGUGAUGCUACAAGCACAGAGUAUGCUGAAAGCAUAUUGGAAUUCACCAAAAAUUCAAAUUAUGCACUAACUCUGGCUAAUGGCCUCUUGGACAUGCUGACUAAUGGUGAGCACAGUAAAACCAUGUCAGAUCUUUAUGAUAUGCAAGUACAAAACCACGAACAGAAUGAAGUAUUCAAGUGCUUUAGUGCAUGCGGUGGAUUUGGUGGUCUUCAAACUGUUAACACAGUAUCUGAGACGCGCGAACAAAUUGAGGAAGAAUAUGAAAAGUACAAAAACACGCGUAUUGAUUUCAAUCGCUUACGUACCCUCAAAGAUCUGGGCAUUGAUAUCGAUUUUUUGGAUAACAUCGAAUCUGAAAUGAAAAACUUCGAAUUGACUCGUCGUCUACAGGAGCAUUUAAGCAAUAAUCUAAACUUAAUUGAAAAAUUACGUGCUACCCAACAUGAGCGAUUGUCGCAACCAUUGCCUCAACAUUUGGCUUUUGUGCCACAAGCCGGUGCUGAGGAACUGCAUCUGGCACACCAAAUCACACAGCAACUCAGUGAUGCUGCUAAGAAACUACCACCAUCGGCCGUAGUAGAUCCAUACAGUCUUCGCAAAGCGAUGGGAAUGUCCAAUGUUGGUCUACCACCUCCUCCUCAACCUGCCAAUCAGCGUGUCACAUUGCCAGAAGUCCUUCAACAACCAGUAUCAAUGCCUCAAAUACAACUAGCUUCACAAAAUUCCACUAUUAGUAUCUCAAGUGAAGAUCCAUCUAAUGUUCCUGGCACUGGUAUGCGUAUGGAAAUAGAUGAUGAGGAAUUACGAGAAAUUCUGGAAAGCGGCAACAGCGAUUUAAAUGCACCCACCAGUACCGAUGAAAAUCCUUGGUUAUAGAGAGGGGAGACAACAAGAAGAAUUAUGUACCCAUAGUUUGUUAUUCCCAUUACAUUUACUGAUAAAUAUUUUUAUAAUUGUUUUUGUCAACAUAAAAUAAAGGCAAAACGCUUCUCAAUAAUUUAAACAAAAAUAUAUGUUUACUUAUUUCAAACAUAGAAGUCCAGAUGAGGUGUAAUAUAUUCUCGAACUGUUCCCAAGAUUAGUUAUAAAUUGAAAAUAAAUCGCCUAAUAGGGUUAAAAUUAGUUAUCGAAUUCAGCUAUCAUCUAUCGAUUAUGUGUAAACGAUAUCUACCAUCUCUACGUCUAAGCACGUUUUGUUUUCACGAGUUUCCAUACGCGGUUUAGAUUAUUUUGAAAAACAUCUAAUUACAAUAUAUAGUAGAAUUCCGCGCGGAUAACGAGAACAAGUAAUAUGGAUAAAAAUACAGAGGACAGCCCUUUAGUCCAUGUUGACACAGCCACUAUUAAAAGCACUGGU